ACUUUACCAACAGGCUUUCUAGAAUCGUCUAGUUCCAGUCCAACGAGGCUACCGUUAACCAAGAACGUCCCACCACCGCCGAGAUGGAGCGAUACACCAUAGACCCUGCUUCACAGCAUCCCAAUGCCCUAAGAGUAUUCAACAAGUUCAGUACUUUUCGGACCCCGUACAAGCUCAUCGAUGAUCAGCCGAUUCACGCGUUCUUGAUCGUCCCGGAUAAGCUCCCUUCCGGCCCACGACCGCUGCUCGUGCGGUUUCAUGGAGGAGGCUGGGUUGAAGGAGAAGCAGAGGCGUCUAUUCGCGCCUUCUUCCUCGAAUUAGCCCUUAAGCACGGGGCCGUAAUCCUUACCCCCGACUAUCGUCUGCGGCCCGAGCACCAGCUAACGGACGGAAUCGAAGACAUACAAUCAUUCUGGCAGUGGAUCGAAGAUGGUUCCGCCCAGCGGGUGCUCAAAGCCACCCUUCCAAACGUUACCAUCGACGCUAGAAACCUCAUGGUGGCUGGGGAGAGCACUGGUGGCUACAUCGCUACGGUGACGGCCCUGCUCCCCCUAAGCUCGCUGCCUAUCAAGGUUCUCUUCUUGCAGUAUCCUACCCUAAACAUGACCGACGUAACACGCGCCGAGAACAUCAGCGAGGCGAUGCGUCGGUCAGGUUUGUGGUCCGAGAGCGUGCCCUACUCCGAAGUUGAGGACUGCCUGGCGCACGCCGAGAAAGGCACACUGCGCACGAGGGCUAACUUUGGGUCGCGGAUGAGGCUGUUGAUGGGAAUGUUGCAGGCGGGCAAGUUCUGGGACGAAACGAGAGAUGCGGAAUGGUUGUGCCCUUUGCGGGCGCUGGAUCGCGCAGGGGCGUUGCCGCCAAUCUUGCUCUACCAUUCGAAGGUGGACGAGGUUCUCCCCUGGCAGCAUACCGAAGAGUGGGUAGCGAAGUUGAGGGGCGUCCAACCGGAUGUACCGCUUCUCUUAGCAUAUCAGCAAGGGGACCACGUCUUUGAUAAGGAUGACAAUAUGGAGACACCGUGGUUGCAGGGCCCAUUGGAGUUUGUGCAGAGGUAUUGGCCAGCCUCAGGUUGAAGGCUAAGGUGCGGACCCUGGGGAUGAAGAGAAACUCGUGGUGCUAUUUGAGGAUCUGCCGCCGUGUAACAAUGUGCACUUCGAGCUAGAACCAGCCGUAAUCAGGGCAAACAGCACUUCGCAAGGCAUACAGACAUCGCGA